GGGGUUGGUUACGCCGCAGUACGGCGGCUCUGAGAGAAAUAAACUGAGACGAAAAGGAAAAAAAAAAAAUACUGGCAGCAAGAAAGGAUUUUUUUUUUUUAAAUACAUUUUUAAAUCGACUUUUUAAAUAUAAUUACGAUGGAUCUCCAACGAUGAGGUAUCUACUGGGAAGCUCAAGUUGACUGACUGAAUCAUGGCUCAGUUUCCAACACCUUUUGGGGGGGGCCUGGAUGUCUGGGUCAUCACUGCAGAGGAACGAAAUAAACAUGAUCAGCAGUUUUACAGCUUAAAUCCCACGUCUGGGUUUAUCACUGGCGAUCAAGCAAGAAAUUUCUUUCUUCAGUCUGGACUUCCCCCUCCCAUUCUUGCACAAAUAUGGGCCCUGGCUGACAUGAACAAUGAUGGGAGGAUGGACCAGCAUGAGUUCUCCAUUGCCAUGAAGCUGAUUAAACUGAAACUACAGGGUCAUUCGCUCCCUCCUUCACUGCCCGCUGUCAUGAAGCAACCUCCCCUUGCUAUUCCUGCUGCUUCAGGAUUUGGAAUGGGCAGCAUGGCUGCUAUACCUGGAAUAGCAGGAGUUGGAAUGUCGCCCCCUUUGGGGACAUCUGUUCCGUCAGCAGUGCAACCAAUUACUAAUGGAGCACCUGUGAUGAUCCAGCCUCUGCCUGGCUUUGCUCAUUCAGCUGCUGCUGCAACACUCAAGAGUUCUUCCUUAAACCGAUCUGGACCAAAACUACAAAAGGCCCAGUCGUUUGAUGUUGCAAAUGCAGCAUCCGCUGCUGCUUGUGUGGAUUGGGCUGUCCCUCAGUCCUCCCGGCUAAAGUACAGGCAGCUCUUCAACAGCCAGGACAAAAUGAUGUGCGGACAUUUAACAGGUCUACAGGCAAGAACUAUCCUGAUGCAGUCCAGUUUACCACAAGCUCAGUUAGCUUCUAUCUGGAAUCUUUCAGAUAUAGAUCAAGAUGGGAAGCUUACAGCAGAAGAGUUCAUCCUGGCCAUGCACUUAAUAGAUAUGGCCAUGUCAGGCCAGCCUUUACCCCCUGUGCUGCCUCCGGAUUUCAUUCCUCCUGCUUUCAGAAGAGUUCGCUCUGGAAGUGGCAUUUCUGUGACAAGCUUACAUUCAGUAGACCAAAGGGUACCCGAGGAACCGGCAGAGGAGGAACAGCAGCAGCAAUACAAGAAUCUGCCAGUGUCGUUCGAGGACAAAAAGCGUGAGAACUUUGAGCGGGGUAACCUGGAGCUGGAGAAGCGACGCCAAGCCCUUCUGGAGCAGCAGCGCAAGGAGCAGGAGCGUCUGGCAGCUCUGGAGAGGCAGGAGCAGGAGCGGCGAGAGAGGGAGCGGCUGGAGCAGGAGCGCCGCCUACAGGUGGAGCUGGAGAGACAACUGGAGAGGCAGAGAGAGCUGGAGAGGCAGCGCGAGGAGGAGCGGAGGAAGGAGAUCGAGAGGAAGGAGGCUGCGAAACGAGAACUUGAAAGGCAACGUCAACUUGAGUGGGAGCGGAAUCGACGCCAAGAGCUGCUCAACCAGAGGAACAAAGAACAAGAGAACAUUGUGGUCUUAAAAGACAGGAAAAAGACGCUAGAAUUUGAAUUGGAAGCUCUCAAUGAUAAGAAACAUCAACUGGAGGGGAAGCUGCAGGAUGUCCGAUUCCGUCUGUCUGCUCAGCGGCAUGAAAUUGAGAGUACCAACAAGACAAGGGAGCUGAGGAUCGCUGAAAUCACAUAUCUUCAGCAGCAGCUACAGGAGUCUCAGCAGUUGCUCGGAAGGUUGAUUCCAGAGAAGCAAUCCCUGAAUGACCAAUUAAAGCAGGUGCAGCAAAACAGUUUACAUCGAGAUACCCUUCUGAGCAUCAGAAAAACCUUAGAAAUGAAGGAGUCCACUCGACAGCAGCUGCGAGGCCAGCUGGACGAGGUGGAGAAAGAGACGCGGUCCAGACUGCUGGAGAUCGACACGUUCAACAGUCAGUUAAAGGAACUACGAGCGAUCCACAGCAAACAGCAGCGGCAAAAGCAGAUGGAACUCGAAGUAGAGAUCCAGAAACAAAAGGAGCAAGAAUGGAAAACUGCAGAGCUGGAACGACAAGGCGGCCAAAGGAGGUCUGAGGAAGAGGAGCUGCCCCAGCAGAGAGAGGAGGCACCUCUGCCGCAGUGGACAAAGAGAGUGCAUGAAGAGGACAAGCCGAGGCCAGACAAUGAGAGGGAUGGUAAAGACAUGCAGGACAAACUCAACAAGAACUUCAUGCAGCAACCAGAGCAAGGCAAGCUCCCUGCCCAGUCCGCCUGGCCCACUGCUGAAAAAUUGCCAGUGACUGGUUUUGAUCAGGAUAAAGUGAAGGUUGUGUUCUAUAGAGCUCUUUAUCCAUUUGAUGCCAGAAGCCUUGAUGAAAUUUCAAUUCAACCUGGAGAUAUCGUUAUGGUGGAUGAAAGUCAGACGGGAGAGCCUGGCUGGCUUGGAGGGGAGCUAAAGGGUAAAACGGGCUGGUUCCCAGCGAACUAUGCAGAGAAGAUGCCAGAGAAUGAGGUUCCAGCCAAUCUGAAACCUGGAGUGGGGGCUGCCCCAAAACUGUCCGCCUGUGUUACGCCAACUAGCACUGCGACACAGCCACCGCCAACAGAGCCAGUCGUGCCACCGACCAUCCCUUCAACAACAUCCAGCAACUGGGCUGACUUCAGCUCCACGUGGCCAACGAACAGCACUGAAAAGUCAGAUGGUGACAACUGGGACCCCUGGCCCACCCAGCCCUCUCUGACAGUGCCCAGUGCAGGGCAGCUUCGGCAGAGAUCUGCCUUCACGCCUGCCACUGUCACAGGAUCCUCUCCCUCUCCUGUUUUAGGGCAGGGGGAGAAGGUGGAGGGUCUCCAGGCGCAGGCCUUGUAUCCGUGGCGAGCCAAGAAGGAUAAUCACCUGAACUUUAACAAGAACGACGUCAUCACAGUGCUGGAGCAGCAGGACAUGUGGUGGUUUGGGGAUGUGCAGGGCCAGAAGGGCUGGUUCCCUAAGUCCUAUGUGAAACUCAUUUCAGGGCCAAUGAGGAAAUCCAUCAGCAUUGAUUCUGGUUCUUCUGAUAGCCCGCCCAUCCAGAAGAGGCCAACACCUUCUCCUAGUAAACCCACUGACCCAGGAGAAGAAUAUAUAGCAAUGUACACCUAUGAAAGCAAUGAGCAAGGAGACUUGACAUUCCAGCAAGGGGAUGUGAUUCUUGUAACAAGAAAGGAAGGUGACUGGUGGACUGGAGUAGUUUCAGAUCGGACUGGAGUAUUCCCUUCCAACUAUGUCAAACCCAAGGAUUCUGAGGAAGCCGGCUUGGCAGGGAAGACAGGUAGCCUGGGAAAGAAGCCAGAAGUUGCCCAAGUCAUUGCGCCCUACACAGCGACGGGCACUGAACAGCUCACCCUGUCUCCGGGGCAGCUCAUACUCAUUAGAAAGAAGAACCCAGGGGGGUGGUGGGAAGGGGAGCUACAGGCUAGAGGGAAGAAACGACAAAUAGGGUGGUUCCCAGCUAAUUAUGUUAAGUUGUUGAGCCCCAAUACCAGUAAAUGUACCCCAACUGAGCCCCCCAAACCCACAGCUCCUAAUGCAGUAUGCCAGGUGAUAGGCAUGUACGACUACAUUGCACAGAAUGAUGAUGAGCUUGCCUUUGGAAAAGGACAAAUUCUAAACGUUUUGAGCAAGGAGGACCCUGAUUGGUGGAAAGGGGAACUAAAUGGCUCCGUGGGGCUAUUUCCAUCUAACUACGUCAAACUAACGACUGACACAGACCCCAGUCAGCAAUGGUGUGCCGAUUUACACCUAUUGGACAUGCUGACCCCCACGGAGAGGAAGAGGCAAGGGUACAUUCAUGAGCUGAUUGUGACGGAAGAGAAUUACGUCAAUGACCUCCAGCUGGUCACUGAGAUCUUUCAGAAGCCCAUGCUAGAGUCUGAGCUACUGAUUGAGAAGGAGGUGGCCAUGAUUUUUGUGAACUGGAAAGAACUGAUCAUGUGCAACAUUAAGCUACUCAAGGCGUUGCGGGUGCGCAAAAAGAUGUCUGGAGAGAGGAUGCCAGUGAAGAUGAUUGGUGACAUUCUGACUGCCCAGUUACCCCACAUGCAGCCCUACAUUCGAUUCUGCAGCUGCCAGCUGAACGGAGCCACCCUCAUCCAGCAGAAGACAGACGAGGUGCCAGAGUUCAAGGAGUUUCUCAAAAGAUUAGCAAUGGACCCACGCUGCAAAGGGAUGCCACUAUCUAGUUUUUUACUAAAGCCAAUGCAAAGAGUUACAAGAUAUCCGCUAAUCAUUAAAAAUAUCUUGGAGAACACCCCUGAGAACCACACAGACUACAGCCACCUGAAGCAGGCGCUGGAGAAGGCAGAGGAGCUGUGCUCGCAGGUCAACGAGGGAGUGCGUGAAAAGGAGAACUCUGAUCGACUUGAGUGGAUUCAGGCCCACGCCCAGUGUGAGGGCCUGUCUGAGCAACUUGUAUUUAACUCUGUGACAAACUGCCUGGGGCCUCGGAAGUUCCUUCACAGUGGGAAACUGUACAAGGCAAAAAGCAACAAGGAGCUGUACGGCUUCCUCUUCAACGACUUCCUGCUGCUCACACAGGUCAUCAAACCUCUUGGCUCCUCUGGAACAGACAAGGUCUUCAGCCCCAAAUCCAACCUGCAGUACAAGAUGUAUAAGACUCCUAUAUUUCUGAAUGAAGUGCUUGUGAAAUUGCCCACUGACCCAUCAGCAGACGAGCCCAUUUUCCACAUCUCCCACAUUGACAGGGUCUACACACUCCGAGCAGAGAGCAUCAAUGAGAGAACUGCUUGGGUUCAGAAGAUUAAAGCUGCUUCUGAACUUUACAUUGAAACCGAGAAAAAGAAAAGGGAAAAGGCUUAUUUAGUUCGUUCUCAGAGAGCAACAGGAAUUGGCCGUCUGAUGGUGAAUAUUGUGGAAGGCAUUGAGUUAAAACCCUGCAGGUCACAUGGAAAGAGCAACCCAUACUGCGAGGUGACCAUGGGCUCUCAGUGCCACAUUACCAAGACCAUGCAGGACACUCUGAACCCUAAGUGGAAUUCCAACUGCCAGUUCUUCAUCAAGGACCUGGAGCAGGACGUGCUGUGUGUUACAGUGUUCGAGCGAGACCAGUUCUCUCCUGAUGAUUUCCUGGGAAGGACAGAGAUCCGGGUCACCGAUAUAAAGAAAGACCAGGGUUCUAAGGGACCAAUCACCAAGCGGCUUCUCCUGCAUGAAGUCCCUACUGGAGAGAUAGUUGUGCGUCUGGACCUGCAGUUGUUUGAGGAACCAUAGGAACCAAACAGGCUUACUGUUAUUUAUGUUUCAAGGUCAAGAGCUGCACAGAGCAACUGAUGGGUAUCUGCAAAAGCUGUUGGGACAAAACAAGUGUCAGACAUAGGAUUUGAAUGUUUUUUUUUUUAUAUUUGUGUGGGUGGUUUUGCGUUGCAGACUGGUACAGACUUAGUCGUAGUGGUCAUUACAAAUCAACAGGCAAUGCAUAUUGCUGACAAAAAUUGUAUCCUAACCGCAUUCUGUAAUACUGUAUAUUUUGGUAAUAAAUGACUACCUUUCACUUAUUCACAGGACACAAACAUGUAUUAUUAUUAUUACUAAGUGAAACUUAUAGUGUAAUAUAAAUAUAUACAUAUAUCCUUAAUUUUAAAGGAAAACAAGUUUUAAAACUAGCAUGUAUAACUAGAUAACUAGUUGUCUGUAUGGGUAGGUGAAACAGUCUAAAAUGUGUUUUUUUUUUUUACAUUCCAAGUAAAGUAAAAUACGUUAUCAAGCAAAAACCUUAAUAAAGACUUCCUGUUGAAAAUGUUUGUUUAGAAGCAAUGGCAAUUCAUGGGGAAAAAAUGACAUGGGAAGUUUUCUGUUCACACUAACUUUUCUGCUGUUUCUAAUAAUAUUACCACAAUAAUCAGCUGAAAUUCACCGGUUCUGUUACGGCAUAAGUUAUGUAUUUGUGAUUAAAUAUUGAAGUAGACAAGAGUGUGCAGAACCAAAAUUAAGGGCAGAUUAUUGUCAAAAGUUUUUUUUUUAAUCAGUGUGUAACUAUAUUGCAUUAUUUAAACUUUAUUUAUUAAUUAAUACAGUAGUAUUUAUUGUUUAACUCUCUAGUUCCAUGUAUGCACAGGUACUAACCACUAAAGUAUCUCCAGUACUACUUUUCCAGAAAGACAUGGGAAUAGUGUUCUGCUUUCAAUCAAUACAAAAUGUGUAUAUAUAUACAUAUAUAUAUAUCUCACAGGUGUUCAUUGUAGCAGAACCAGCAGUAUCAUUUUGAGAAAGGGAGGUAACUAAAAAAGAAUUGCAAUUUUUAAACAUCUUGGCAUUAGGUGCUUUUAAAUUUAGGUCACAGAUGACUAUAAAAUGGAGCAAAUGGAAAGUUUAAGAACUAUUGUGGAAAUGCAGGGUACUGCAUAGCCCCUUGUGUGAUUCAUUGCCUUAAUGAAAAUCGUGUUGAAAGUCAAAUCGAUAGCCAUUAAUGAUUUUGCAAAACCUACAUGGAAUGAAAUGUCUAAUUUUUUUGUGAUGCAAGUCCUUUUUGUGGUAUUUCACACUUGACCCAUUUGUAAAUAUAUUUGUUUCUAAAUAUUCAUUUGAAUGCAUUUUUGUACAUAUCUUUGAACUCUGCAUAUCAUAGAAGCAGAUGUGAUAAUAAACCACAGGCUAAUAAAUGUAUUUAUUUUAAAUGUUUUUUUUUUGUUUCUAAGGCCAAGUCGACUUGCUUGUGAUGUGGGUGGUUUAGGAAAUUGUUUUUCGAUGAAUAUGGGGAUAAAUGGAGAUUGUGUCACACUUAUAUUUUUACAUGUCUAGAAAAUGACACAUCUAAUUGUGAUAAAAACCUGCUAAGGACUUUCUUUAGACAUUUUAUGGUGGGUAUCUGGCCUUUUUACUUGUUCAUGGUACUUGCUUUUCAGUCCGAUUUAGACUACACUUGAGUCUAGCUGUAACUAUUAGCAAGUAUGCUGGAAAUGCAUGCCUUGUCUUAGAGUUCACUUGCAAAUCCAAAUCACUGAUAAUGUUUAAAACCUACUCUUACAUAUUAUUCAGGGAUUGGGGGUAGGUUGCUAAUAAACAGCUUUUGCAGAAACUACAUGUUGCUUUAUUUUUAUUGACCAGAAUGGUUUGUAAGUUUAGAAUAAAUGUGGUUGAAUUGGGUUAGACUAUUUACCAGUCAUCAACAGACUCACAUGUAGGUGUGAAAUGCAUCUUUUGUUUUGUCAGUGUUCUGUUUCAGACACUCCCUUUCUGGUGGUGUUGUAAACUCAUUGGUGCACAUUUUUAUUGCCAAAUGAACUAUUGGUUAGUUUUAUUUAUGAAAAAAUAGCAUAUUGUAUGUGGUCAUAAAGUCUUAGUUAUAAAUAGAAUUUAUUACAGCUAAUGGUGUUACGUACCGUCUUAAAUGUUUAAAACAAUCAAGCAAGGGAAACUCUGGAAGUUUUCUUUGGCUGGGGUCUCACUGUCAAUAAGUUUAAAGUAAAACAUGUUUAUUUAAAAUGUUUACCAUUUAUCCAAAAUUCCAUUGUAUAUUUUUUGUGUGUGUCUUUACUGGUAUGAAGAAAUGUAAACCUAGCGUUGUGUACUGUAAACCCAUCAUAAGAACAAUCUUAUUAAACAGUCUUUCUUUAUUACGCAUCUUAUG